AUGGGCGCUCAGGCCGGAGAUAUGGCAUCGAGGAGAUGCUUUCCGAGCGCCGAAAUCCACUGCUAUGUGUUUAUCGAGCGAGGUGCGUCUAAGCAACCAAUCCCCAACGCGGAACUUGCACUGACAAGUGGAGUCUAUCUAUCUAGUGUUGGAGCGGAGAAAUUCGUCCUCAAAAACAUGAUACCGGGCGAUUUUGAAUACAAUCAAGAUCUGCAAAACUCUGUGGCUUCGUGCCCCAACCUGCGGACAGCGAUUGACGCCGUUCUUGACUUCGAGCUCCUCGUCUACCCUUUUCUUGCCGGCGACCUUUUGCAGAUCAGUCAGAAGCCUCUUGCACCGGCGACAAGAAAGUACAUCCUCAAAAGCGCUCUUCGUGGACUGGCUGGGCUCCACGAAAAGGGCAUCAUCCAUACUGACAUCAAACCCAACAACAUCCUUCUCGACUACGAUGUUGCAGGGGACGACAUUACAGUCCGAAAUGUCCAGGUCUCCGAUCUGGAGGACGCCAUGGUCAUUCCGCCCGGUAAGAACCUAAGGGACUGCCUCCGUGGCAACCAGCUGUGGCGGAGCCCCGAGUCUUGGGCGCGAGCCCGGCAGAACACGCCGUCCGACAUCUACUCCUUUGGCGUGGUGAUCAUCUACGUGAUGCUCAACGAGAUGGUUUUCCGCGUAAGGGACGAAGAGCUGGCUGCCAAGGACGCCUGGCGGCACGUGCUCCGGAGGCACAUCUCGUAUUUCGCAGACAUGGAUGGCUUCGGGGGCCUGCUUUCGCACAUUGGCGAGGAUAAUCCAUUUUUCAACCGGCUUAUUGAUCUCACGACCGACUUUGACGCAAGCAAGCCGAGGUCGCCGUUUGCACUGUGGCAUUAUGUGGACGAAGAGCUCAGGGACUUGAUUGGCAAAAUGACGAAUUUCGAUCCGGCGAGGAGGAUUACUGCGCACGAGGCGCUCGAGCACCCUUGGUUCAGCAAGGGUAGUAGUGAUUGA